AUGGGGAGGCACUCUUGUUGCUACAAGCAGAAGCUAAGGAAAGGCCUCUGGUCUCCUGAGGAGGAUGAUAAGCUUCUCAAUUACAUCACCAAGCAUGGUCAUGGCUGCUGGAGCUCAGUGCCUAAGCUAGCAGGUCUACAGAGGUGUGGGAAGAGUUGCAGGUUAAGGUGGAUAAAUUACCUGAGGCCUGAUUUGAAGAGAGGGCCAUUCUCACAGCAAGAAGAGAAUUUGAUAAUAGAACUUCAUGCAGUUCUUGGAAACAGAUGGUCUCAGAUUGCUGCUCAGUUACCUGGAAGGACAGAUAAUGAGAUAAAGAAUUUAUGGAAUUCCUGCAUUAAGAAGAAGCUGAGACAGAGAGGCAUUGACCCCAACACUCACAAACCACUCUCAGAGGCACUUGAUCAAGAUGACAAAGAGAUUAGCAAGCUCUCCCCAACCUACAGAAGCAAUGAGAAAGCCUCUGUGGGAUCAAAUGAACUCAAUCUUGCUGAGGCAGUGAAUUCAAAGCCACCUGCAGUCUCCGAAAACCGGUACCCGGUUGAGGUUUCUUCCAGCUCCAAGGUCCUCAACAACAACAGUAACAAUGGCAGCAGCAGCAGCAGCAAGAAUUUGACUGCUGUUAAUCCACCCACCCAAGAGUUCUUCCUGGACAGAGCUUGUACCACCUCACAUGAAGGCUCCACCAGCAGUUGCAGGCCCUAUGAUUUGGUGGGGUAUUUCUCUUUUCAUCAAAACCAAUCCAAUUAUGGAUCAGAUAUGGGGCUAGCAGUAAAUCCAAAUACCACUUUCAGCUUCCUCAAUCAAAAUCCAAGGUCUUCUGAGAUGCUACCGGUAGACUUCAGUUCUAGCAUGACACCAAGUCUUCUUCCAACCAUGUCAUCAAGCUCAUCAAUCUUCACAACUCCCCCCACACGUGUGAAGCCUUCCAUCAGCCUCCCCUCUGAUAAUUCAUCCACUUGGGAUUCAAACACCUUCAGCAACAAUGGCAACAGGAGCAGCAGCAGCAACAUGGAACUGCAAAGCAACAACAACAACAACAACAACAGCAGCAACAGCUUCUUUGACAGCAGCGCUGCAGCUUUUUCUUGGGGCCUGCCAGAGCCUGUAAAAUCUGACGAUGCAGAAGAGAUAAAAUGGUCUGAAUAUCUCCACAGUCCAUUUCUGAUGGGAACAACAACAACCGCUAUACAAAACCAUCAUCAAGCCUUUCAACAUAAUAAUACAUACACUCAUGAUCAGGUCAAACCAGAAACGUCGCAGUUUUUGUCAAACAGUUCAAGUGCAACAACAACAACUUCGACUUGGCACCAUCAGAACCAACAAGCUUUUCAAGCUUCAGAGAUGUGUACAAAGGAUCUUCAGAGACUUGCUGUAGCUUUUGGACAGACCCUUUAG